AUUUUAAUGAAAAUCAUUAUUUAUUUUUAAAAAUUAUUUAGUAGAGAUAUGAUUUCUAGUUAAUUUAAAUAAGCUCUUAAGAUAAUUUAUGUAUUAAAAUUAGAAAAUAUUAAAUAUAUAAUAAGUGUUUAAUUGGAUAAAGUAAUACACAACUUAGGCCAAAUAAAUACCUAUGAAAAACAAUUUUUUAUAAAGAAAUGGUUUUCAUGUUAAUAGUUACUAUUUUAGCUACUGUAACUCAAAUAGCUUUAAUAUCAGUUUUUAUUGGCGCAGGUCUUUAUUUUUUGGCUGAAUUUGUAGAAGAACACAAUACCAUAACAAAGAAACUAAUUAAAUGGACAAUCAAUAUUAUUAUACUGUGUCAUUUAGGGUUAUAUUUCUUUGAUGAUGUAUCAUUUGAUUUAAUUGCAAUUGGUUUGUUAAGCCAUGGAGUAUAUUAUUUUUGGCUCUCUGAUUUUCCAUACAUAAGUUUCACGUCAUUAUCAUUUGUGUUCUCUUUAGUAUUAUUAAUUUUUAGUCAUGGGUUAGCCUUCAAGUUCUUUGUCCAACGUCAUUCUACAUUCUUAGAAGUUUUAUCCUAUUUUACUAUUUGUAUAUGGAUGGUACCUUUUAUGUAUGUAGUUUCAUUGUCUGCUAAUGAUAAUAUAUUACCUACUACAAAUUCUGAAAAAAAGAUAGUAUCAGGAUACUUCAAUAAUCAAAAUAGAAGUUACAAAUUAAAAAAUAUAUUUAAUUAUAUUGCCGAUAUGACGACAAAAAAUGAUCAUCUUAAAUAUUAGUAUUAAGUACUGCACAGUUGUUUUUUGUGUAUUAUGAUGUAUAAUAUAAUACAUUUAUAUAUAAUAUAUGUGAUAUAUCUUAAAUGUGAUAUUUCUAUUAAAAUAUUAUAAUUAUUUUAUGUUAUAGAAUUAUUGUAAUUUUCUGAACAAAAUAAAAGACUGUCUUUGUUUGA